CUCCGCUUCUCCCUUCCCUUCCCUCCUCUCCUCCCCAAAUCCCACCGCCGACGCAGCCAAUGCGGGCACGGAGAAUCUAGCCGCGUGUCGCCAUGCCGCCGCCCUGCCCAUCCACCGCCUUCUUCCUCCUCCCCCUCCUCCUCGCCGUCCACCUCCCGCCCGCCGCGGCCGCCGACAGCCGCCACGCGUCCACCACCGCCGCCCCCUCCUACCGCCGCAUCUCGUGGGCGAGCAACCUCACGCUCCUGGGCUCCGCCUCGGUCCUCCCGGGCGCGGUCGCCGUCGCGCUCACCACCAACUCCAGCGACGGCAUCGGCGCCGGCCGCGCCCUCUUCUCGGAGCCCGUGCGCCUCCUCCUCCCGCAGCCCGACCCGCGCGCCGCCCCGGUGCAGGCCUCCUUCUCCACCCGCUUCACCUUCCGCAUCACCCCGUCGCCCUCCUACGGCGACGGGAUCGCGUUCGUCCUCACCUCCUCGCGCACCUUCCUCGGGGCCUCCAACGGCUUCCUCGGCCUCUUCCCCUCCGCCUCCGCCUCCGACGACGGCGAGCUCGCCGGCGUCUACACCGUCGCCGUCGAGCUCGACACGCACCGCGAUGUGGCGCUGCGCGACCCUGAUGGCAACCACGUCGCGCUCGACGCGGGCUCCAUCUUCUCCGUCGCCUCCGCGAGCCCAGGCGUCGACCUCAAGGCCGGCGUGCCCAUCACCGCCUGGAUCGAGUACCGCGCGCCGCGCCGCCGCCUCCGCGCUUGGCUCUCCUACUCGUCGUCCCGCCGACCCGACAAGGUCGCGCUCUCGGUCGACGUCGACCUCUCCGGCCUCCUCCUCACGUACAUGUACGCCGGCUUCUCGGCGUCCAAUGGCGAAGGGACCGCGGUUCACGUCGUCGAGAGCUGGACCUUUCGCACCUUCGGCUUCCCCAACACCACGCACGCCUCGGCUUCCCCGAUUCCUUCGCCACCGCCCAAUCCCAAGGACCAGGCGUCGCUCAAGAGCCCACUGCCGCUUCCAAAAAACAACCACCACCACCAUAACCUAUUCUACACGGUGCUGGGCGGAGCCCUCGGUGGCGUGGUCUUGCUGGUUCUUGUGGUCAGCAGCUCUAUUCUAUGGAUUCGCCAUUCAAAGCGCCGCACAGGUGAAAAAACUGCUGUGCUGUUCGACGACAAGAACUUCCGUGGGAUGCUGUCCAUGGAGGUGGUACGCGCAGCAACAAAGGAUUUCGGCAGUGAAAAUGUGAUCGGCAUUGGUGGCUCUGGCGCGAUUGUGUUUGAGGGGGUUCUCCCUUCUGGGUCAAGGGUUGCUGUCAAACGGUUCCAAGCUAUGUUACCGUGCUCAAAGGCGUUUUUGAGUGAGCUUCGUGCCAUGCUUGAUUGCCCACACCACCCCAAUCUUGUGCCACUCCUUGGAUGGUGCUCCAGUGAGCAUGACCUGGUUCUUGUUUACGAGUUCAUGCCCAAUGGUAAUCUUGACAGUGCACUACACACAAAGGGUGGAGCAACACUUCCCUGGGAGGCACGGUUUAGGGCGGUGCUUGGCGUUGCAUCCGCACUUACAUUUCUGCAUGAUGAAUGUGAGCACCGCAUUCUUCAUCGUGAUGUCAAGUCAUCAAAUGUGCUGCUCGAUGGAGACUUCAAUGCUCGGUUAGGAGAUUUUGGUCUUGCUCGUGUGGUGAGCCAUGGCGGGGUGCCCUUGGCAACACAGCCAGCGGGCACACUGGGAUACCUCGCACCUGAGUAUGUGCAUUCAGGUGUGGCAUCAGAGCGGUCGGAUGUUUACAGCUUCGGAGUGGUUGCUUUGGAGGUGGCCACUGGCCGGAGACCAACGGAGAAGGGAACCGCAGUUGUUGACUGGGUGUGGAGUCUCUGGGGUCGUCGUAGGCUGGUUGAUGCAGCAGACCAGCGGCUUCAGGGACGAUUUGUCGCGGAGGAGAUGCGGCGGGUGCUGCUUGUGGGCCUCUGCUGUGUGCAUCCGGACUGUAGGAAGCGGCCUGGUAUGCGAAGGGUAGUCAGGAUGCUUGAUGGUAGUGCACCCAUGACACUGGUUCCAGAUAAGAAGCCACCAGUUGUACUGAAGUCACCACUAAAUCAAACAUCGUCAGUGAACACCAUGGAUACUAUCAAUACUGCAUUUUACAGCUGUCGCUAGACACAUAUACAAGGUAGGCUUGUAAAGAAGAACUUUCUUAUCCAUAUGUAGUGGUGCUCUAUCUGCUGCUAGUUUUGAUGUAUAUGUGAUGGUAAUGUUUUGUGAAUUCUUAGCAUUGCACCAGCUAUAGGUUGAACAUUAGAUAUGUGUUGAAUGUUGCAUACUGUUGUUUGGGAAGGUUACUACUGGUGCACUGCCAAUGACAUCGACAUCUUAGGAAUUAGGGAAGCUAUUGAAAGUGUUGUUUUCUGGUGCAAAUUGCAGCGAGAUAUUUCAUAGUUAUCUUGGCUGAGAUUCAGGUGUCAUAUAUAUGAAGAUAGUUUUCGUAAA